AUGAGAGGGAAAAGAGGCAGGCCGCCCAAACCUCUCCAAGCGGAGGAUUCUUCCCCGGCUGCAACGCGAGGUUUGCGGCCGCGGAGGAACAUAAAGCCCCGGGUGCGAAGUGACGACCACAGCGGGGAUGAGGAGGCAAUAAGCCCCGCAAGAGAGAGCCCUAAGCGGCGGAGAGGAGGAGGCAGGUUGGGGGGGUCGGGGACGACAACACGGGGCCGGGGAAGAGGGGGCAGAAGUCGGGGACGAGGAGGGAGGCGAACCCCGGUCUGCAAAACCGUGGUGUACGACGACCAUGAAAGUGAUGAAGACGACGAUGCUGUGAGUCUGAGAUCCGAAGAGGAGGAGGUGGAGGAGCCCCAGUCUGAGGAAGAUGAGGCCCUGAAAGAGGAAUCUGACUGCCUGGAGGAAGAGGAGGAAGAGGAGGAGGAUGGUGGAAGUUUGUGCACGGAGAGUAGCUUCAGGAGUCAGAGCACACAUGCAAGCACUCCAGGGAAGAGAAAAGGCCGGCCUCGACCUCGCAGCCCUAUCCUGGAGGAGAAGGAGAUUCCUGCUCUCAAACUCCCCGACUCCUCCGAGGACCUCCUGGUUCCCAGCGCCGAACUCCUCAACGCCGCCUCCAUCUACGAGGUGCUACGUAACUUCAGCACGGUGUUGCGUCUCUCCCCGUUUCGCUUCGAGGACUUCUGUGCGGCGCUGGUGGGUCAGGAGCAGUGCACUUUAAUCGCAGAGACACAUAUAGCCCUCUUGAAGGUCAUCCUACGUGAAGAAGACACCUCCAACACCACGUUUGCCCCCGCCGACCUCAAAGACAGCGUCAACUCCACUCUGUAUUUUAUCGACGGCAUGACGUGGCCGGAGGUUUUGCGCGCGUACUGCGAGAGCGACCGGGAGUACCAUCACGUUCUGCCCUAUCAGGAAGUGGAUGAGUAUCCUUAUGGUCCACUUGAGAGUAAAAUCAAGGUGUUGCAGUUCUUAGUGGAUCAGUUUCUGACCACCAACAUCGCCCGUGACGAGCUGAUGUCCGACGGCACCAUGCUGUACGACGACCACUGCCGAGUGUGUCACCGUCUCGGGGACCUGCUGUGCUGUGAGACGUGCUCAGCGGUGUAUCACCUGGAGUGUGUGAAGCCCCCGCUGGUGGAGGUACCGGAGGACGAGUGGCAGUGCGAGAUCUGCGUCGCUCAUAAAGUGCCGGGGGUCACCGACAGCGUGACGGAGGCGCAGAAGAACCGGCCGUAUAUCAGACAGGAGCCCAUCGGAUACGACCGGCACCAGAGGAAGUACUGGUUCCUGAACAGGAGGAUUAUUGUGUAA